AUGGCCUCUCGUGUCCUGGUCUCUGGUCUUCCCCGGUCGCUCCCUCCCCUCCCCCCGGGGCCUGCCCCUACCUGCGUCCCCUGCGUCGAGGGGCGGCAGCGCGCCGCUCCUCACUCCUCCGAGUUUCCGCCGACAGAGGCUCCGCUGCAGACUCUUCACAUGGACGUGUGGGGCCCAGCCCGCGUCCGUGGACAGGGUCAUGAGCGUUACUUCCUGCUGGUGGUUGACGAUUACUCGCGUUACACCACAGUCUUCCCCUUGCGCCGCAAGGAUGAGGUCACUGAGGUGUUGAUCGACUGGAUCCGCGCUGCUCGUCUCCAGCUCAGGAAGAGUUUCGGCUCUGACUUUCCUGUUUUGCGUCUGCACUCCGACAGAGGUGGGGAGUUUUCCUCCGGCCCUCUGCGAGCCUUCUGUCGUGCGAGGGGCAUCCGCCAGACGUUCACGCUUCCGGCCUCUCCACAGCAAAAUGGGAUUGCUGAGCGCCGCAUUGGCAUGGUCAUGGACGUCGCUCUACGCGCCGCGUUAGAUCAACCUUCAGCCCCGGGUCCGAGGACCUCCCCCACUCUGCUGUGGACGGGGAAGGUUGGCGAUGCGUCUGCGUUCCGUGUCUGGGGAUCUCGGGCUUUUGUCCGAGACUUGUCUGCGGACAAGCUGUCCUCCCGUGCUGUUCCCUGCGUCUUCCUUGGCUUCCCCCCUGACGCGCCUGGUUGGCAGUUUUACCACCCCACCUCGCGCCGUGUUCUGUCCUCCCAGGACGUCACGUUUGACGAGUCGGUUCCGUACUACCGUCUCUUCCCCUACCGCGCUGCCCCCCUCCCCCCCCCGCCGCUCUUCCUUACGCCAGGUCCCCCCCCGGUAGACCCCCUCCCCCCUCAGGGUCCUGCUCCUUCAGGUGUGUCUCAGGUAGACCCCCCCCCCUUGGCUGAGCCUUUGGAGGUCACUUCCGACACCUCUGGCCCACCCGAGGGGGGUGACGCUGCUGCUGGCGCCCCGUCGGCCUACCGCCGCGCACCACGCUUGGAGACCCCUCCGGGGUUCCCCCCGCGACCUUCUUCACCGCCUCUGCGGCCGGCUACUGUUGACUCUGGGUACUGGGACUGCUGGUGCGCGGCCUACUUGGAGUGGCCGCCUUCGUCCGCGUGUGCCCCUCAGCAGCUGCACGACUGGUACGGUCGCCGUCAGCGUCGCGCUGCUGGAGCCCGGGACUCUGCUGCUCGAGGUACUGGAGGUGCUGGUUCUGGGGGUGCUGCUACGGGAGACACUGCGGUUGGAGACCCUGGGACUGGAGGUGCUGGUUCUGGGGGUGCUGCUGCGGGAGACGCUGCGGCUGGAGACCCUGGGACUGGAGGUGCUGGUUCUGGGGGUGCUGCUGCGGGAGACGCUGCGGCUGGAGACCCUAGGACUGGAGGUGCUGGUUCUGGGGGUGCUGCUGCGGGAGACACUGCGGUUGGAGACCCUGGGACUGCAGGUGCCGGUUCUGGGGGUGCGGCUGCUGGUGACGCUGGUUCUGGAGCUGCUGGCGCUGGAGGUACCGGUUCUGAGGCUGGAGCUUCUGGAGCUGCUGGAGGCGCUGGCGCUGCUGGAGGUGCUGGCGCUGCUGGAGCUGCUGGAGCUGACAGGUAG